AUGCAACAGCCCACCCUCCGGGAUUUCCGUUUACGCAACGUACAGGAUGCGCUCAAAGUGUUCUACGCUUGCCACCUCGGUAUCUUGCCCCUAAUCACCAGACGCCUAGACAACGAGGAACGACAAGCUCUCCGUCCAGGAGAUGCGUAUGUUUGGGAGGGUAGGAACCCGCAAACCGACGUCAGUGGUCUAGGGAUUGAGAGGUGGACGGAAGGGAAGAAAUGGAGUCAGUCGCGGGUCCGCGAGGAUUUACUCUACUACUACGAGAAAUUUCCAGAUGGGAAAGCUCCUCCUAUUCGCGACCGACUGAUAAGGCAGACUUACUCAGCUACAGUCAACGACCCUAUAAGCAGUAAGCCUCGUAAGCUGGGCCUAAGCACGUAUUACACAGAAAAUAGCUUGGAACAUCUCCGGACAGUGGAUGAGAUCCCGCAGCUACGUAAUCUCGACGUUCCCGACGGUCUCUUCGCAAGAGAGCGCAAGACCAACUCUAAACUCAGGCAAGCACUCUCUACCUCUCCCGACCGAAACAGCAAUAGCUCCGGUGCAACACGAAGUCGCAGAGAUCAUAUCAGACAUACCGUAACCCGCAUGUAUGCACCCUAUCCCGUG